AUGGCAGCCAGACCAAUAAAGAAGCUGCUUAUUGCUAACCGCGGUGAGAUCGCCAUUCGGAUUUCGCAGAGUGCCAAGGAACUGGGAAUCAAAACUGUGGGAUGCUAUGUUCGUGAAGACAUGUCCCAUGUUCCCUACAUGGAUGAAGCCUGUGAACUAAAUGUACGCAGUGGUGCAGCACCAGCAGCCUCAUUUAACGACAUUGGAGCGCUGAUAAUGGUGGCCAAAAGAUUCGGCGCUGAUGCAGUACAUCCCGGCUACGGAUUCGUCUCUGAAUCUGGUGAUUUCGCACAAGCUUGUUCGCAAGCAAACAUACUGUUUGUGGGCCCAUCGCCUGCCAAUUUGAGAACGUUUGGCGACAAGAUCACGGCCAAAGUAGCUGCCAAAGAAGCUGGUGUUUCUGUUGUUGAGGGUACUGCGUCGGCUGUUAUGGGCGUUGGUGAAAUUGUGGCGUUUGCAAACAAGUUUGGAUAUCCUAUAAUCCUGAAACACGCUAACGGUGGAGGAGGACGCGGAAUCCGUAUCGUCCACGAAGAAUCCGAAAUCGAAACAGCCUACAAACGAUGUCUAUCUGAAGUCGGCGGUACCGCUAACGGCGGUGUCUUUGUAGAGCAGGCCAUAAUGGGAGGUCGUCACAUCGAAAUCCAAAUCCUAGCCGACACGCAAGGAAACGUAGUCCAUCUCUACGAUCGAGACUGUAGUGUACAACGUCGAUUCCAAAAGAUUGUGGAAAUUGCUCCUGCUUUGAAUAUUGAAGCUGGAUUGAGAGAACGGGUAUUCAAGGAUGCUGUUGCUUUGGCACAGCAUGUGAAAUACGCUGGUGCUGGAACCAUCGAGUUCCUCGUAGACGAAAAGGCCAACCGUCAUUACUUUAUGGAGGUUAAUCCACGUCUUCAAGUAGAACACACAAUCACCGAACAAGUCCUAGGUCUCGACCUAGUUGCAGCUCAACUUCACAUCUUCCAAGGAACGUCAUUACAAGAGAUGAACAUAAUCCAAUCCAAGAUCGUGCCCCGUGGCGUCUCAAUCCAAUGCAGAAUAACGGCGGAGGACGUUAGCAAAAACUUCCAGGUGCAGACCGGCGUAAUCAGUAUAUGGCAAGCCGCUUCCGGUAACGGCACAAGGGUGGAUACGUUUGUCAAAUCUGGUGUUGAAAUCACACCGUUCUUUGAUUCGAUGAUUGCCAAGUCUAUUACUACUGGCUCGUCAUUUGAGGUUGCUAGAAGAAAGGCAUUGAGAGCUGUGAGAGAGACUGUUGUUCAAGGCGUCAAAACAAACAUUGGCUUCCUAAUCAACUUGUUGGAGCACCCCCAAUUCAUCGCCCAGCAAGGAAUCACCACAUUAUGGGUCGAGGCUCACACCGAACUCAUGAAGGAAGCUAUCAGCACCGCACCAGUAGCAUCAUCAUCAACCGCCACGCAAUCAUCAGUAGACCCGAACGCAAUCUACGUCAAAUCCGGGGAGACCCGUCUCCUCGAAAUCAACACUGACGCAACAGCAGCGACCGGAUGGGAAGAACAUACGGUUAAAAUCCACUCUGUAGUUCCACCAGGAGCAGGCUUGGGAGCGUCUCAAGUACCCCAUACAUCAAUCAGCGCGGAAAUCGACGGUACACCAUUACGUUUGCGAUUACAUGGACCUGGAACUGCAGCCAGGAAGGUAAAUGUAAAGAUUGAAGCCCCGCCAGGCAGUAUUGCGAUUUUAGCACCUCAUGAUGGACGAGUCGUGGAAGUCUUGUUUGAAGAGGGUGAAGAUAUCGAGGAGGGACAGGAAGGUGUCGUGCUGAGUUUGAUGAAGAUGGAGACUAUUGUCAAUACUGCUAUCACUGGACGAGUUGUCAAGGUUGUUGUUGCUGAGAAUGAUGUUAUCAAGGAAGGAGCACCUCUUAUGUUUGUACAACCAGAGGGAGUGUCUGCUGCGAAACUGUAA